AAUGAAUUUCCUGGUUUAUGUGCGUGUGUUAAUGCGUGUGUUAAUGCGUGUGUUAGUGUGUAGUGUAAGAUCCGAAUACAGUAUAAAUAAAUGUAGUUAAACAGCGAUACACAUCAUCAGUGAGUGGAUGUGUUUGUGUUGUUAGCUGUGAGUCACUGUGUGUUUAUUACACAAGGACUUUUACACACGGUGUGUUAAUUACACAAGGACUUUUACACACGGUGUGUUUAUUACACUUAUUGUGAUUAUUACUGGCGACAUGACUGCGGAUCUACUGUCUGAUUUGGACAGUCGCUUCUUUGCGGAUAAUCUGCUGACUAGUGAAGACUGGGAUGCCUGUCUGUUUCACUGUGAGAGCAUGGAGGAGGGUGAAGACAGGCUGAAAUAUGAGACUCUGAUUGACAAUGACCUCGUGCUGACCCUUGACCCUGACAACCCUGUAGCACCAUGGAAACACAUGGAGAACAAACUGCUUGAAGGUGACAUGAAUUCGCUAAUGAAGGACAAGAUGACGAUAACACAACCUCUACCUGUGGACAUGUUGUUCCAAGUCAAGGCCGAGCCUCCAUCUCCUUCGUCCUCGCCAGCCUCAGACAGCUCUCUGUCUUCCUUACCUGAAGCUCAGUUUCAGGUGAAAGGUGAGAACCCGCCCACCCCCCCGUACAUGUACGGAGAUGUUCUGUCACCCCCGGUGGGAGCCAUGGAGGUUACUGUGGCAAGCACAGCCCCGCCUCCUCACCAAGCUCCACCCACACUUCCUGUUCCCACAGUAGCACAAACCACAGUGAACGCUGGCUCCAUUCUCAGCAGUAAGCCUGUGCUACAGCCGAGGCCGGUGUGUGUGGCCGCUAAAACUCUGAUCCUGCAGGGAACACAACCAGUGGUUUUGUCCCCGUCGGUGUGUUUGGGCUCUGCUCCGGCCAUCGUUAAAAUGGAGCCCGUGUCCCCCAGCAUGCACUGCACCAGCCCUACAGCACCCCCUACCACCAAGCCCAUCAUCCCAGCAUCCUCUCUGCCUGGGAGCAACUGCGGCGACAUUGAUAUGAAGGUGCUGAAGCGUCAGCAGAGGAUGAUAAAGAACCGCGAGUCUGCUUGUCAGAGCCGGAAGAAGAAGAAGGAGUACGUACAGAACCUGGAGGCUCAGCUGAGAGAAGCACAGCAGGAGAACGAACGCCUGCGCAGAGAGAACCACACCCUGAGACUCCGACUCGCCAGUAUAGAGGGUGCUGAAUCGGGCAGCAAUAAGCGAGCGGUGUGUGUGAUGGUACUGCUGCUCUUCAUCACCUUCAGCUUCGCUCCUGUCAGCAUCACGGACAGGAAGUUACCGUCUGCACUGGAGGAUGGGGAGGAGCUUCAUACGGGGCGACGCCUGCUGGUGUACGAGCCCGGUCGUGUGGUGAACGACAGCGCGACGGAGGACAAACUAGACAGUGAAGAGGACAUAGGAGAGGACGGGUGGAGGAGAAGAGAGGUGGAGAGGGAUAACGCUGAGAGCUUUCACUUCAGGAACGUCAGCAACUUGUUCAGUGAUGUGAAGGAUCUCGUCUUGCAGGACCUCGACCGGCUCUUCUCCUCCUCCGACUGCAGACAGUUCAAUCGCUCCGAGUCACUCAGGCUGGCUGAUGAGCUGCGUGGUUGGGUUCAUCGCCAUCAGAUCGACAGAAAGAAGACAAACCGCAAACCAAAGAUAGCACAGAAGGCAAAGAUAGCACAGCAGAAAGCACAACACAGGAAGACGAACUUCUCACGUUACCUCCCCAUCGAGACACACCGCUCCAUCGAGAGUCAGCUGCAACUCUUACCCGGUCCUGAGGUGAGCUACAGCGACUUCCUGGAUGCCAUCGAUCGGCGUGAGGACACGUUUUAUGUCGUCUCCUUCAGACGGGAUCAUCUGCUUCUUCCUGCGAUCAGUCACAACAAAACCACACGCCCCAAAAUGUCCCUCGUCAUGCCUGCUAUGGCCGUCAACGAGUCGGUGUAUAACUCGUCUCAGGGUGGAUACGAGCUGAUGAUGCAGGUGGACUGUGAAGUCAUGGACACCAGAAUAAUCCCCAUUAAAUCUUCUGUGGUCCCGCCCUCGCUCAGAGACAAGCCCCAGAACCCGCCCUCUCAUCACCAUCACCAUGGCAACCACACCCGACCCCCACAUGGAGGCGGGGCCUCUGCAACCAGGCAGCCUUUACCUGUCAGGAGGAGGGGGGCGGAGCUUCUCAUCACACAGUCGGGAUCGUAACGUAACGGAGAAGAAAAAAAAACACACAGAUUUUUAAAUUGCAGAAUUUUCUACUAUUCAUGGCCCAAAUCCUGCACUUGUGUUGUUCAGCUGUAACGCUGCCGUUGUUCACAUCUGAAGGUAAAGAAA